AAUUUAAUCAGCUAAUUAUUUAAGUUGACGAGAUUGAUGCCCCAAAAUUGCAGAUUGCAGUUGUAUGUAGCCAAAUUGAUUAAAAAAAAAGGGGGCAAACACAGAAACGGUAUGCGUGGCGCCAUCCGACGAGUGGCCGGCGCAGCUCUCGGCGGCGGCGCCGCCGCGGCGAGAAACCUUCGCGAAAAGUAUUGAAUCGGUGACGUCACAAAAGACAGGCAAGUGGAAGGAGUAGACGGGGCGGACGAUCGGCGUUCGGUGCGAAAAAAUGUCCGGCCACCGGGAUCUGUCUACGUGAACGGUACUCGCGGCGGAAUCGGUUACACGCGCAGGCACCGGCACGUCGGACGCACCGCGGCCGGGUUCCGGUUUGUCCGGCGAAAGGGACGGAAGUGCGUGUAUUCGUUCGUUCGUUCGUUCGUUCGUUCUUCCUUCCUUCCUUCCUUUCCCCCCUGACACGUGCACACAGGGACAAGAGACACGGGGCCCUUCCCCCGUCGAUGAUCCGUCGGUGGUGCCUCGCGGCGGCUAUGACGGUUCGAUCGCGCCGUUCGUAGUCGCGUGAACAAAACAAAAGGAGAGCGAGGCGAGACGACCGCAGACGACCGCUUCUACGUGGACCGAUACGUUACGCGGAGUCACGCAUCCUUCAAUUGAGCGGGUUUGACGGGCCAAGUGAGCGGUCGCAUCCGGAGGCGCGGAGGGAACGGAGUCGCGUGGAAUCCAGAUGAGAAUGGGGAUCGCCAAGGGGGAAUGAUAGGAUGCAAGAGGGUAAUACCGCCGUUGCGCUAGCGAUGGUGACCCCCGGAUACGAUCAGGACCCUGCAAGUGGGGUCGCCGAUUAUACGACUCAUCAGGAUCAGGCCCAAUUCGAAGCGGACAAAAGGGCCGUGUAUAAACAUCCGCUCUUCCCAUUGCUAGCGUUACUCUUCGAAAGAUGCGAGCAGGCGACCCAGAGUUCGGACAAUUCCACGUCCGAAAGCUUCAACAUGGAUAUACAGGCUUUUGUCCAACACCAAGAAAGAGACCGAAAGCCUUUCUUAAUCAAUGACCCCGAGAUUGACGGUUUGAUGAUCAAGGCGAUACAGGUACUUCGCAUCCAUCUAUUGGAACUGGAGAAGGUGCAGGAGUUGUGCAAGGACUUCUGCAACAGGUACAUCACGUGCCUGAAGGGCAAGAUGCAAAGCGAGAACCUGUUACGCAGCGAUUACAGCCAUCACGGACACGACAUGGGUCCGUCGAGUGGGAGCAACGGAAGCAGUCCGUUGCAGGUGCUGUCAUCUACAGGCAAUGAUGUUGAGUCGGGAGCUAACGGAUUCAGAGUGAGCCGUGGGGACGUCGUGGUGGAGAGCGAUGGUGCACAGAAUCCGCACGCGCGGGAAGAGAGCGUUAAUCACGACCAACUGUCGUCGUCGGUCCGACAACCGUCUUCCGCCGUCCAGCGCUCGGGCAAAUCCACUAGCCAGGAUCACGACGAUCCGCUCUCACCGUCCACCGUACACGGAAGCACGCCUCUCUCGCAAAUCGGGGCGCAUGGAUGCGCCCCGGUUAACGACAUGUAUCUCGGUCAAGACAUUACAGUUGCGGGCUCGCCUUCUCCCGUGGCGAGUGAAGACGAGGAGGAGGGUGCCAGCAACGCGGCCUCGAAUCACUCUGGCAAUCACAGGAGUAAUCACGGUAGUGCUAGAAAGGGACGUCAGAAGCGUGGUGUCUUACCCAAACAGGCAACCAGCAUCAUGCGAACGUGGCUCUUUCAGCAUUUAGUACAUCCCUACCCGACCGAGGAUGAGAAGCGUCAAAUUGCCAGCCAGACGAAUUUAACGCUGCUACAAGUGAACAAUUGGUUUAUCAACGCCCGCCGACGGAUCCUGCAACCCAUGUUGGACGGCGCGGGCACAGAUGCAGCGUCGCGCGCAGGGAAACGUCACAAGACCUCGAAACACACUGCGCAACAACAGGCGGCACAGCAACAGCAAGCAGGCUGGCAGUCCGAUGAUUCGGCAAGUGAUUCAGGCUCUAGCGACGGUGAGGGAGGUGCCACCAGAUCGAAAGACGGUAACGAUAGCGAUGAGGAUGAUCUUCACUGACCUCUGUCGAUCAUCGAAACGUCAACCUCUUUACGUUGAACACUGCGGAUGAAACGAUGACGAUAAAUAAGAUAAUCCUAAAGAUGAUUACGUGACACAUCCGGAUAUUUUUUGUGUUAUAAAAAAUCGUCCGAGGGCGUCCCACACAUACGAUUAAAGGCUAGUUACUGGAA